AGAAAGUGAGCGGCUGAGAUUUAGUCGUACGAGGCCCGAGUCUGUUCCUGUGACAACAGUCACCAACAUCUCCGACUUGGCCGAAAUAAAUCAAAACCAAGUGCGGCCGCUCGUUGCGAUCUCUUUCGUCUUUUGUGGCUGCGGGUGGGUUUUCUUUUUUUUUUUCUUCUCCUUCUCUCUUUUUUUUUUUUUCUUUUUGAAAAGCUGGGGCCGGACGACAACAUCGAUUCCAGUGUGGAGUAGAUAUGCGCUUUGCUACUUUCACGAGUGUGCCAGCGAGGAGCGACGGGGAGACGCCGUGCGUCACCGCACACCUCGACAGCUAACCCGCUCCGGGAGGGGAACGACACGCCGAGCGCCUCGUCUGAGAAACUCUAGGAUGACUCGGGCCAACUUCUGCUGAGAGUCGUCGACAUCUCCACAGUUCCUCCUGCGUGGGGUGCUGGAGGGGGGGGGGGGGGGCGCGCGCGAGGAAAAAGAAAAGUUUGGGAUUGGUCUCUCAACUUUCUCUCUGUGCGUUUCUGAGCGCGACACUUCUCCGGAAUAUCAAUAAAUCCAAAGUUCGCAGACGGCUUCGGCACGAUGGACCCGAGCCAGCCCAACCCUCCCGCCGGACACCAGAUCGUCCACGUCCGAGGCGACUCCGAGACCGACCUGGAGGCGCUGUUCAACGCCGUGAUGAACCCGAAGAACACCAUCGUGCCCCCCUCCGUGCCCAUGAGGAUGAGGAAGCUGCCAGACUCCUUCUUCAAACCCCCCGAGCCAAAGUCCCAUUCCAGACAAGCCAGCACUGACGCUGGGAGCGGCGUAGCACUCACCCCCCACCAUGUCCGUGCACACUCGUCGCCGGCCUCCCUGCAGUUGGGAGCCGUUUCUGGUGGCUCCCUGUCUGGCAUGGUCCCAGCAGGUUCCCCCUCACAUCUCCGUCAGUCCUCGUACGAGAUUCCCGACGACGUGCCCCUGCCCCCUGGGUGGGAGAUGGCCAAGACCUCCUCUGGCCAGAGAUACUUCCUCAACCACAUCGAUCAGACCACCACUUGGCAAGAUCCUCGCAAAGCCCUGCUCCAGAUGAACCAGGCUGCUCCGGCCAACUCUGUGCCAGUCCAGCAACAGAACCUUAUGAACCCAACCAGUGGUUCUCUCCCCGACGGCUGGGAACAAGCUAUUACAUCGGAGGGAGAAAUUUACUACAUCAACCACAAGAACAAGACCACAUCCUGGCUGGACCCGCGACUUGACCAACGCUACGCCCUGAACCCGCAGAGGAUCACCCAGAGUGCUCCGGUGAAGCAGGGAGGUCAGCUGCCUCCCAGCGCCCACACCGGAGUCCUGGGCGGCAACAACCAGAUGAGGCUGCAGCAGAUCGAGAAGGAAAGGCUGAGACUGAAGCAACAGGAGCUGCUCCGGCAGAGACCACAGGAGCUCGCUCUGAGGAACCAGCUGCCUAUGGAUCAAGAUGGCAGCACGAACCCAGUGUCCUCCCCCAUGGCCCAAGAUGCCCGGACCAUGACUGCCAACAGCAGCGACCCAUUCCUCAACAGCGGGACUUACCACUCCAGGGAUGAGAGCACAGACAGCGGCUUGAGUAUGAGCAGCUACAGCGUCCCUCGCACUCCAGACGACUUCCUCAACAGUGUGGAUGAGAUGGACACAGGGGACCCGCUUCCACCCUCCAUGGCAACACAGCCCAGUCGUUUCCCCGACUACCUGGACGCCAUUCCGGGUACAGACGUGGACCUGGGCACCCUCGAGGGCGAGAGCAUGGUGGUGGAGGGCGAAGAGCUGAUGCCCAGUCUGCAGGAGGCCCUGAGCUCCGACAUCCUCAACGACAUGGAGUCUGUGCUGGCAGCUACCAAGAUCGACAAGGAGAGCUUCCUUACAUGGUUAUAGAAGGCGCGAGCAGGGGGGGUGCUCCUUACUCCUCUCCCGACACUCUUGAACUGCUGCCUGCUCCAAUCUGUGAAGGAUUCAUAGAUGCUUUCACAAGACAUUUCAGCGAGCCUCUCUGGACUUGUGUCUCGGCGUGUAAGGCCGACCUCUUUCUGGGGCAGUGUUGUUCUGUUCCUUUCUUUUUUCACUGGUGUGUUAUCUCUUUAUUUUGUCUGUGUCUUCAAGGCUGGCCCAUGAACAGACAAUUACGCAAGGGUCCCCGAAUCUUUCACAGGUCUGACAGUGAAUCUAAGGCACCUCUACCCGGAGCAGGGGCCGCUCCCUCCCCUGGUCCCCCCCCCUCAUGGUGGAGCUGGGCAGGUCCAUGUACUCUCCUGCAAGAACCUGCUUAUCAGUUAUCGCCCGGGGGUCUCCGGUGCCUCUUUUUCUUGCAGUAUAGUGUGAAGCGGCACUACUUUACCGUGUUUGGGACUAUUGCAUCAAGCUUGAGUAGCUUUAUAUUUGGCCUUGUAAGUGUUUUUCUUUCUUUCUUUAUGUUUGCAUUCAACGAGCCUGAGAAACCAAAAAUGAUGUAUUCGGAGCAUAAAGAACAAUACUGAUUUGGCGUAAAGGUAAUUGUCAGACCCAGUUUGGACACGUCGGCUUUGCUGCGGGGAUGGGGGUGAGGGUUGGAGCCUGGGGACCGACUACAUUGCUGCUUGGCUGUGCCAGCAAGUCUAAGUUAAACCUUUGAUAGAUCAAGUGCCUUCAGUUGUAUUUUUUGAGACGUGAGCACAACGAACAAUUACCAAGUUUCUGUACUGCAAUAAGCAUUGGGCUGUAUUCAUAAACAUCAGCGACACUUUUCCUCAAUCUAAUGUUCAAUAAUCAGAAUUGUAUUUUAUUUUGUUUUAUAAACACAAGGGGAUUUAGGGGAAUAACUUUUUAUCUCAGUCUUAUCCAAGUCUAAUUCGUGAUUCAUUCUUUGUUUUUUAUCUUUUAGUAUUCUUUUUAUUUUUAGGUUACUACAUAUGUAUGAUAGCUUAGAUCAAAUGGCAUUUUGCUUUUGUUCUUAAUUUCUUUCUUGGAUGAAUUUCUGCAUUUAACAGGGUCGACUGUUAUCACAGCACCUCAUUAAGAAGAAGUCUGCCAAGACAGUUUGAUUCAGUUUUGACUUUGUUUUCUUUUUAAACAAUCUAGCCGAUUCAUUUCUUGUCUUUUAUUUACUAUAUACAUAUUGGUGUGAUUGUUUUUUGUUGAUCACAUGCAGCUUUUUACUAUCCUUCAUUAACAUUAACCAAAAAAAAAGGCAGAUCUCUUGGCUAAACAGAAACUAUAGCUCUUUGAUCAAUUACACCUUGUGACAACGUACAUUAUACCAGAGUUAGUUUGAAAGUGUCUUUCCUGAAAGGGGGAGCUGAAGCCCGACUGCACGAUGCUGUGCUGCGUGUUGAAAUGAGGGGUUUAUAGACUCCAGCUUGGACAAGUUUAAGCAGGUUUAAGAGUCAUGUCGAGGGGUAAUGUAGAAGGCCAGGGUUUGACUGACUGGCAUCGAGUUACAUGGAUUGUUAAUUUUUUGUGUGUGCGUGGAGUAAUUAAGAAAACAAUCAGUUAUUAUCUCAGUCAGGAAUUGUGGUGGCAAAUUCCAAAGAAGUUUUUUUUUUUUUGUCACACCAACACUUGCUUCCAUUUUCCGAAGAGUCCAGAAACAGAAUGAUUUGUAUAUCAACCUCUGUAUGAACAAAGUGUAUAAGCUAAUGAGAAAAUGAUGUAGGUUUUAAGUGUUAAUGGACAUGUCUGAGUAGGUCUAGCUGAGAGAAUCUUUUACAUUUUUUUUAUUUUUUUUUUUAGACAAGAUGGUUUUGUUUUGAGUGACUAACCCUGAGAUUUUAAAGAUGAGUUUUCAGAACACAGAAGUGUUUUUCUUUGUCAAGCGCUCACAUGUUUACAUGCUCUCCGAGUAAGAAAAUGCUUCCGCCGCAGUGGAGACAACACACAGACGACUCUCUCAUAAUCAUGUUAUGUUGAUGUUUACACCAUGACUACAUGUUUAAUUACUGCAGUAACCUCUGAAUAAUCAGCUGCCCUGCUCGCCCUCGGUCGAGGUCUCGCAGGAUGUCACAGUGAUUCUGUUGCCAACCAAUACACAAUUGGUAGCAUUAACUUGAUGGAACAAUGUUUUUUUUAGAUCUGAGAACAUGAACUUUUUUUUAUUCUGUGCCAGAAAACCUUUUUUUUUUUAGAUUUGAUUUUAUUGAUCAUUAAAUCAUGUGUUGAUGAUGGAAUAAGAUGGAUAAACAGUGUUGGUGAGAACAAUGCAACUAAAAUGAGUGGUACACUGCAGUGCUUGUAUUGCAUGGCUACAGAGUUUUCAUUUUGAUGCAAUGAUGCAUUUUGUCACAAACCUGAUUUUAUGCUUACUUAGUGUGUUAUUGUCGGAGCAUAUUAGCUGUUGACUGUCAGUGUAGCAGUAGAACUAAUCACACAAGUUAAAGGAUUUUGUAUUUAGAGUUUUCUAAAUGCACAUGAAAUGAUUUAUAUUCAUUAAUGAUCUAUUCAUUUUUUGAUAGAUAUGUGCAUGUGUUUUAGAACAAUAAAUUCUGUUACAUUAUAUCUUCCCUUAUAUGAUACUUUGAAAUUGACCUGAAAUAAACUAUAUACUUUGUGGUAA